AUGGCGAGCAAGUGUGUGUCUGUUGUUAUGUUGUUUGCUGUUGUGCUGAGCUUCACCCAGUCAGUGCAAGGAAGGAAGUUACUCAAGUUAGAGGAACCUCAUCACAAGGAUGGUGGUGGUGAACAAGUUGAAAAGCCACUCUGGUUUUAUGAUAGCAAUCCGAGUGGGGCUGGUUCUGUAGGUGGGAAAGGGUAUGGUUUUGGCCAUUCUUUCAGUUUCGGCAAGGGAUCAUAUGGUUAUAGUUAUGGUACUUCUGGGAAACCUGGCGUUGGUUUUGGAAAACCUGAUUGUAUCGGGAAAGGUGGAGGAGCCAGAGGAAUUGGUGGAGGUGGUGGAAAGCUACGCAAGAAAAAAGAAAAGGAGCAUCAUCAACAUAAAGGAAGUGGGGGUGGUAUUGGAGGCGCUAGAGGGGGAGGCAUCAGAAAAGGAGGCGGUGUUGGUGGAAGCAUUGGACAUGGAGGGAAAGGUAGCAAAGGUGGUAUUGGUGAAGGGAUAAGGAGAGGAGUUGGGGGCGGUGCUGGCAGAGGCGUAGGGGGCGGUGCUGGCGGUGGGGUAGGGGGCGGUGCUGGCGGAGGCGUUGGGGGCGGUGCUGGCGGAGGAGUUGGGGGCGGUGCUGGCGGAGGCCUUGGGGGCGGUGCUGGCAGAGGCGUAGGGGGCGGUGCUGGCGGUGGGGUAGGGGGCGGUGCUGGCGGAGGCGUUGGGGGCGGUGCUGGCGGAGGAGUUGGGGGCGGUGCUGGCGGAGGCGUAGGGGGCGGUGCUGGCGGUGGGGUAGGGGGCGGUGCUGGUAGAGGCGUUGGGGGCGGUGCUGGCGGAGGCGUUGGGGGCGGUGCUGGCAGAGGCGUUGGGGGCGGUGCUGGCGGAGGCGUUGGGGGCGGUGCUGGCGGAGGCGUUGGGGGCGGUGCUGGCGGAGGCGUUGGGGGCGGUGCUGGGGGAGGCGUUGGGGGUGGUGCUGGCGGAGGCGUAGGGGGCGGUGCUGGUGGAGGCUUUGGCGGCGGUGCUGGUGGAGGUAUUGGGGGCGGAGCUGGUGGCGGCUUCGGGGGCGGUGCUGGUGGAGGCUUCGGGGGCAGUGCUGGUGGAGGCUUCGGGGGCGGUGCUGGUGGAGGCUUCGGGGGCGGUGCUGGUGGAGGCUUUGGAGGUGGAGUUGGUGGAGGCGUUGGGGGCGGUGCUGGUGGCGGAUUUGGUGGAGGAGGCGAUGGUGGAAUUGGAAAUGGCGGAGGCGCUGGUGGUGGAUUUGGAGGAGGGAUAGGCGGUGGAGGUAGUGGUGGAGGAUUUGGUGGUGGUGGUGGGGGCGGAUUUGGUGGUGUAGGAGGAGGAUUUGGCGGUGGUUUAGGUGGCGGCGGACAUCACUAA